CUGGUGGUUCCUUCUAUGCCCUGGACAUGCAUCUUCUUCCAAGGGGCUGAGGCUCCCCGCCCCGUGAUGCACGUCCCUGCAGGACCUGAGCGCCUGGGCCUCAGGCCGCAGCCCACCAUGCCGCUGCCAUGUCUGAGCCCGCCAGCGCCACCGCUCCUGCUGCUCCUGCUGCUCCUGCUGCUGGGGGGCGCGCCUGGGGCAGGCGGGGGUCCGCAGCCCGCCUUCCGCACCUUCACAGCCAACGGCUGGGCCCUCACUCAUCUGGUGGUCCACGAGCAGACGGGCGAGGUAUACGUGGGCGCCGUGAACCGCAUCUAUAAGCUGUCGGGGAACCUGACGCUGCUGCGGGCGCACGUGACAGGCCCCGUGGAGGACAACGAGAAGUGCUACCCACCGCCCAGCGUGCAGUCCUGCCCGCACGGCCUGGGCAGCACCGACAACGUCAACAAGCUGCUGCUGCUGGACCAGGCUGCCAACCGCCUGCUGGCCUGUGGCAGCGCCUCGCAGGGCAUCUGCCAGUUCCUGCGGCUGGACGACCUCUUCAAGCUGGGCGAGCCCCACCACCGCAAGGAGCACUACCUGUCGGGCGUGCGCGAGGCGGGCAGCAUGGCGGGGGUGCUGAUCGCCGGGCCGCCCGGCCAGGCACAGGCCAAGCUCUUCGUGGGCACGCCCAUCGACGGCAAGUCGGAGUACUUCCCCACGCUGUCCAGCCGCCGGCUCAUGGCCAACGAAGAGGACGCCGACAUGUUCGGCUUCGUGUACCAGGACGAGUUCGUGUCCUCGCAGCUCAAGAUCCCCUCGGACACGCUGUCCAAGUUCCCGGCCUUCGACAUCUACUACGUGUACAGCUUCCGCAGCGAGCACUUCGUCUACUACCUCACCUUGCAGCUGGACACGCAGCUGACCUCGCCCGACGCCGCCGGCGAGCACUUCUUCACGUCCAAGAUCGUGCGGCUGUGCGUGGACGACCCCAAGUUCUACUCCUACGUCGAGUUCCCCAUCGGCUGCGAGCAGGCGGGGGUGGAGUACCGCCUGGUGCAGGACGCCUACCUGAGCCGGCCCGGCCGCGCCCUGGCCCACCAGCUGGGCCUGGCCGAGGACGAGGACGUGCUGUUCACCGUGUUCGCCCAGGGCCAGAAGAACCGCGUGAAGCCGCCCCGGGAGUCUGUGCUGUGCCUGUUCACGCUCAGGGCCGUCAAAGAGAAGAUCAAGGAGCGCAUCCAGUCCUGCUACCGUGGGGAGGGCAAGCUCUCGCUGCCCUGGCUGCUCAACAAGGAGCUGGGCUGCAUCAACUCGCCCCUGCAGAUCGACGACGACUUCUGCGGGCAGGACUUCAACCAGCCGCUGGGCGGCACGGUCACCAUCGAGGGGACGCCGCUGUUCGUGGACAAGGACGACGGCCUGACCGCUGUGGCCGCCUACGACUACCGGGGCCGCACUGUGGUGUUCGUAGGCACACGCAGCGGCCACAUCCGCAAGAUCCUGGUGGACCUGGCAAACCCCGGCGGCCGGCCGGCCCUGGCCUACGAGAGUGUGGUGGCCCAAGAGGGCAGCCCCAUCCUGCGUGACCUGGUCCUCAGCCCCGACCACCAGUACCUGUAUGCCAUGACUGAAAAGCAGGUAACGCGGGUGCCCGUGGAGAGCUGCGUGCAGUACCCGUCAUGUGAGCUGUGCCUGGGGUCACGGGACCCCCACUGCGGCUGGUGUGUCCUGCACAGCAUCUGCUCACGUCAGGAUGCCUGCGAGCGGGCGGACGAGCCCCAGCGCUUCGCCUCGGACCUGCUGCAGUGCGUGCAGCUGACCGUGCAGCCACGCAACGUGUCGGUCACCAUGUCUCGUGUUCCGCUGGUGCUGCAGGCCUGGAACGUGCCCGACCUCUCGGCCGGAGUCAACUGCUCCUUUGAGGACUUCACCGAGUCUGAGAGCGUCCUGGAGGACGGCCGGAUCCACUGCCGCUCACCCUCCGCGCGGGAGGUGGCACCGAUCACGCGGGGCCAGGGAGACCAGCGGGUAGUCAAGCUCUACCUGAAGUCCAAGGAGACCGGCAAGAAGUUUGCAUCCGUGGACUUCGUCUUCUACAACUGCAGUGUCCACCAGUCCUGCCUGUCCUGCGUCAACGGCUCCUUCCCCUGCCACUGGUGCAAGUACCGCCACGUGUGCACGCACAAUGCUGCCGACUGUGCCUUCUUGGAGGGCCGGGUCAACGUGUCGGAGGACUGCCCCCAGAUCCUGCCCUCCACCCAGAUCUACGUGCCAGUGGGCGUGGUGAAGCCCAUCACCCUGGCCGCCCGGAACCUGCCGCAGCCACAGUCAGGCCAGCGUGGGUACGAGUGCCUCUUCCACCUCCCAGGGAGUCCGGCCCGCGUCACCGCCCUGCGCUUCAACAGCUCCAGCCUGCAGUGCCAGAACUCCUCGUACUCCUAUGAGGGCAAUGACGUCAGCGACCUGCCCGUGAACCUGUCCGUGGUGUGGAACGGCCACUUCGUCAUCGACAACCCGCAGAACAUCCAGGGUGAGCCGGCUGGGCGGCCCGGGGGCUGGGCUGGGCAGGGCCGGGGGCGGGCCGCUGACUGCCUUGCAGCAGCGGGUCAGAGCCUGCCAGCUGGGCCGAGGGUGCACCUCCUGCUCAGCCUGCGCCUUCUGAGGGGCUUCCAGGGACCCGGCGCUUUAGAGGGAGCCGAGCCUGGGACCACCCCCCACGGCUCGGUCCACAUGCCUUUGCAGGAGGAGCAGCAGCUGCUGAGGGCUCCGCCUCUCUGCCACCCCGGCCUCCUUACUGGCCGACCUAGUGAAGCCAGGCUCGAAAGUGAAACAAUUUCAAAGAGCAGCAUGUUGUCGGAGGGUGUCCGGCUGACCUGUGCUCCGGCCGCCCAGUGGCGGCUGUCUCCUUGGUCACCGCAGCCGCCCACGCGCCCGCAGGAGUGCGCUGGGGAGCCGCUCUUCCUGCUGUACUGCGCCAUCAAGCAGCAGAUGGAGAAGGGCCCCAUCGACGCCAUCACGGGCGAGGCGCGCUACUCCCUGAGCGAGGACAAGCUCAUCCGGCAGCAGAUCGACUACAAGACGCUGACCCUGAACUGCGUGAACCCCGAGAACGAGAAUGCGCCCGAGGUGGCAGUGAAGGGGCUGAACUGCGACACGGUGACGCAGGUCAAGGAGAAGCUGCUGGACGCCGUGUAUAAGGGCGUGCCCUACUCCCAGCGGCCCAAGGCCGGGGACAUGGACCUGGAGUGGCGCCAGGGCCGCAUGGCCCGCAUCAUCCUGCAGGACGAGGAUGUCACCACCAAGAUCGACAACGACUGGAAGAGGCUGAACACUCUGGCCCACUACCAGGUGACAGAUGGGUCCUCUGUGGCCCUGGUGCCCAAGCAGACGUCUGCCUACAACAUCUCCAAUUCGUCCACCUUCACCAAGUCCCUCAGCAGAUACGAGAGCAUGCUCCGCACGGCCAGCAGCCCCGACAGCCUGCGCUCCCGCACGCCCAUGAUCACGCCCGACCUGGAGAGCGGCACCAAGCUGUGGCACCUGGUGAAGAACCACGACCACCUGGACCAGCGGGAGGGCGACCGUGGCAGCAAGAUGGUCUCAGAGAUCUACCUGACACGGCUGCUGGCCACCAAGGGCACGCUGCAGAAGUUCGUGGACGACCUCUUUGAGACAAUCUUCAGCACGGCGCACCGGGGCUCGGCCCUGCCACUGGCCAUCAAGUACAUGUUCGACUUCCUGGACGAGCAGGCCGACCAGCACCAGAUCCACGACUCGGACGUGCGCCACACCUGGAAGAGCAACUGCCUGCCCCUGCGCUUCUGGGUGAACGUGAUCAAGAACCCGCAGUUCGUGUUCGACAUCCACAAGAGCAGCAUCACGGACGCCUGCCUGUCGGUGGUGGCCCAGACCUUCAUGGACUCGUGCUCCACGUCCGAGCACAAGCUGGGCAAGGACUCGCCCUCCAACAAGCUGCUCUACGCCAAGGACAUCCCCAACUACAAGAGCUGGGUGGAGAGGUACUACGCCGACAUCGCCAAGAUGCCCGCCAUCAGUGACCAGGACAUGAGCGCGUACCUGGCUGAGCAGUCGCGGCUGCACCUGAGCCAGUUCAACAGCAUGAGUGCCCUGCAUGAGAUCUACUCCUACAUCACCAAGUACAAGGACGAGAUCCUGACGGCCCUGGAGAAGGACGAGCAGGCUCGGCGGCAGCGGCUCCGGAGCAAGUUGGAGCAGGUGGUGGACACCAUGGCCCUGAGCAGCUGAGCCGCCAGCCGCAACAGCCCAGCCAGCAGGAGUUGAGUGAGAGGGCCCUCGGGACAACCUCCAUCUGGUGGCCAGAGCUGGGAGGUCCGCCGAGGCAGCCCCACCCUGGCCAGGCCGAGUGUCCUGCGCUGGGGGCCAGGUGUGCUGUCCUGGUCCCCCGGCCUCCUCGUCCCCUUCCUGCCUGGCAGGGGUCCCAGUUCUUAGUUGGUGUGGGCGAGAUGGUGCCUGCAGUACCUUCCCUGCCCAGAGCCACUUGCCACAGGGCUGGGGAGCCCAGGUGUGAGCAGGGUCCUGCUCGGGAUGCUAGGGUGACUGCGGAGGACUUGUGGGUUGGGCUGGAGCCCUCCAGCAGGGGGAGGCCAGUCCGUCUCCCUGAGGCCAGACUGCCGAGGCCAGGAGGGCCAAGGGCUGGGCAGGGGUCAGCUGGGCCAGGUUUCCUGGGCAGAGUCUGAGGGCUGGGGCCUGGCUGGCAGCCGGGGGCGCUGAAUACCCAGGGCCCAGCCAAGGUGAGCUGACGUGGGUCUGGGCCAUUGCCACCCCCCGUCAUGUCCGGCACCCCCACACUCGCCGCCACACCACCGCCACCAUCCUCCGAUUCACCGCGUGCUCUCCGCGGCCAAGGCUGGAGCUCCACGUUGAUCUCGCCCCGAGAGAGGCCCCGGCCCCCUCCUAUGGAGGGGCUGCAGGCUGGCUCUGCGCAGGGCCCAAGUGACUUCCAGAAGGACUCGGGUCCCCUUUCUGUCCUCAGGGCUGUGCCUCUGGGAGCCAAUGGGCCUGGGGCUCCGGGUCAGGAGUGCACGUUCCCCCUUAUUUAUUCCCCCGUCCACCCUGGGCUGAGCUCCACUGGUGGAGGUCUCGGGAGCAGCCCCCCGCCCCAUCCCAGCUCCUUCAUCCACCUUCCAGUCUGCCUCUCAGCAGAGUGCUGGCCCCUCAGGGCGCUGGGACAUAGAGGGGACAAUACUCGUGUUGUCGGGGAACAAAGGAGUCCUGCUCUGCUCGGGCAGCGGUCCAGCGGGGGCCUCGGACCACACCCACUGGCCUGGCCGGGAGCAGGAUGCAGUGACCAGGGGGCCUGGGGGUCGGCCCUGCCCACCCUGCCCUCAGCGAGCGAAAGAGAACACAUUUUUAAUUAAAAAACCUGUACAUAUAUAUACAUAUAUAUAUAUGUGGCUCUAGCCUCAGUCUCCAGCCCCAGUGGGGUCCUGUACAGUUACCUGGAGGAGGAGAAAUUUUUCAGCUAGAACAAGGAAAUGAAGGCAGAGGGAACGAUGCCAAACGGUUGCGGAGAGCGUGGCCAGAGCUUCCCUGCGUGGGGCUCCCAGGGCCUCCGCGCCUCGCCCCGCGGGUCGUCCUGUUUCCACGGACGCGGGCCGUGGACUCCUGCAUGACUGUGCUAGCGUUUAGUCUGACUUGGUCUUUUUAAAACUGCAAGUGUUGAAUACUAGAGAUUGUUAGGCCCUUUUUUCCAUGUUUUUUAAUUAAUCAGUCACUUGUGAAGGCAGUGGCCCGUCCCCUUUUCAAUUCACUUUUUCGACGGUACUGAAGAUUCCCACGGACUUUAAGGGACAGCUAACUGUGGCCGGCCCUGCGCCCGCAGGCCGCCCGUCCUCCGUCCCCCAAAGCAGCGUGAGCCGGACCAAGCACCUUGAUCAGCUUAGGAGCUGCUCCCUCGCGAGAAGGGUGGGGUGGGGGUGAAAUCCGCCACCUUCUGACUCAGGAAGCUCCUGCAACGGGGGAGGGGCAGGGGGACAGGUGUCCCUGGGCCCUGUGGGCACUGAGCAGGGCUCAGGCCUCCCACCCAGGUGGGUGUCCAGCUGGAGCUCAGGCCAGCAUGGGCUUCCACCCUGAGUGCCCCUUCCUGCCCAGAUGCCGCCCAGGUCCGAGCCCCACUUCCCGAGUUUUCCCCAACGCUGCUUCUGAUCGAAGCCCCUGUUCUUCCAGUCCUGCUCUGGCUGGGGGCUCCUCAGCCCCUGUGCCGCCCUCUUCAGAGUCCAAUCCCCUUCCUAGGGCUUCCCAGGCCCCCGCGGGGAGCUGGCCCCUGUGCCCACCAUGAGGGGGCCCUUGUUGCCUGGUCGCAGGUGGGCUGGGUGGGAGUGACACAGAGGGAGGGGAGUGGCCAGCCCUGCCUGGCGUGUGGCCUCGUGGGGCUCGCACACAUGUCAGGUGCAAGCACUUUAGCACUGUCUGUUUACACACGAGCUGAUCGCGGACCUAGGCCUGCUGUCCACCCAGCGCACCACGGCUGUGUCUCCCUCCCUGGGUCUGGAGUUAGACUCUGAGGCCUCCUCAUCCCUGGUUGCACGGUCCUCACCGUGCCCAGGCACCCACCGUCACCUCCAGCAUCCUCCUUGCCAGGCACUCGGACCCCAAGCUCUGGCUCUGGCCUGGGGCACAGGGGAUUGGAGCCUGCUCUGUGCAAGCAGGAGGUGCAACUGCCUGAGGUCCUCCCAAGUCCCAGGGCUGGGGGUCUGGGCCGCGGGCAGGGCGCUGAGUCAGGACACCCACUGCCUGGACACUGCUGCUACCGCCUGUCCUGCCACGGUCAGCCCUCCCCUCGCCUGCACGCGUCUCAGGAGUGCCCGGGAUGGCUCAGCCUGGGUCCGGGAGCCUGGCCUCCCCAUAUACCUCGAGCUUGCCCGCGCUCCCUGACCCAGGGCCGCCGGCCCCCUACUCCCCAGCCCUGGGCCCAGGAAGAGGGGCCUGUGGCUGGCCAAGUGGCGCCCGCCCUCCCCGGUCAGCCCUGCCGAGUGAGCCGCUGCCCGUCCCAGAGCUGAGGGCUCACGCCGUUGGUGCUACACAUGCUAGAAUAGAUAUAUUUAGAGAGAGAGAUAUUUUUAAGAUGAAGCCCACAAUUAGCUGUCCUUUAACGCCACAGAGCCCCCACCCAAAAGAAGAGCGAUCACUCGCGACCUGAGCUGCCCCCUCGGCCCCCGCCUCGCCCAGGGGCAGCAGGGCUGACAGACGCUCGGCCCGCAGGUUGUGUAAAUACACGGCUGUUUCCUAUUUUACUGUCUCAGAUUUAGUACUUGUAAAUACACACACACUAAGGAGAGAGUAAACAUUUUUGCUAAA